GUGACCCACUGGGAAGUUCUCGUGUGAGUUUCCAGAAACAAAACCUUGAGGGCGUGGUCGGGGCUCAAAGCGGACAAUAUCAUGCUACGGUGGAGUCGAGCCCUGGGCGGAUGUGACAAUAUCCAUUAUAUCAUAUGUGAUAUUCAAAUAGAAAAAUAAUAGAUACACCUCUUUUUCUUUCCUACACAUUCUUAUUUAAUCUUAUUUAUUAUUUUUCAUGUAAUAUAUUUAAUAUAACGGUUAAAAUAAAAAAGAAUAUAUGAGAAACUAAAAUGAGCGUGUACAAAUUCAAAUAAUAGUACGACAUGUUAUAUCGUUAGCAUUACUAUUUCUUACUCUAUCUUCAUUGCUUAAAUAUAGCAAAGGGGAAAAAGGAUAAGGUUAGCUUGUACAUGAGAAUUUUUUUUUAUUGGAUAUACUUGUAACUAUUAGCUACGUAUGCAUACCUGAUAAUAAGGAGACAUAUGAUAACUGACGAAAUAAUAGACAACAAUUGUGUUAAGAAACAUUAUCCAUAAGGCUGUCUCAACUCUCAAAUAUAGGUAUUUUUGUUCCAUAGCUACCUGGGUAACGCAACCCACUUGGUCUUCUAGUUCCUGCGUAACUUAAUCACAUGCAACUAGACACACAUACAUGCAUAUGCACGCCUUAUAUAUAAUAUAUAACAAAAUAAAAGAUUAGAUAUUUAUACAUACACAAAGCGUUGGAACUUGAGAGAUAGGGAAACUAAAACAAAAUUUGAAGCUAGCUAGUAUGUCAGGAGGAAGACCAAUGGCAGAGAAGGAGAGUACAAUGAGUGGAAUAUUACCAAACUAUCAUCAUCCUCAUCAUCAUCAUUUGGUUCUGAUCCAUGGUAUCGGGCAUGGAGCUUGGUGCUGGUACAAGAUCCGGUGUCUAAUGGAAGCUUCAGGCUACAAAGUCACAUGUCUUGACCUCAAAGGUGCUGGUGUUGAUCAAUCUGACCCUAAUACCGUCCUCACUUUCCAAGACUACAAUCAGCCUCUCACUGACUUCUUGUCCAGUUUGCCAGGAAAUGAAAGGGUAAUACUCGUGGGACAUAGUGCAGGAGGUAUGAGCCUGACUGAUGCCAUACACAGGUUUGCUAGCAAAAUACAUAUGGCGAUAUAUGUUGCAGCAACCAUGUUGGAGCAUGGAUUUUCCACACAUCAAGAUAUCAUAGAUGGAGAACCUGACUUAUCGGCAUUUGGAAACGUAAACAAGUUCAUAUAUGGGUUGGGAGUUGACCAGCCUCCAACUAGUGUCAUAAUAAAGGAAAAUUUUCAUCACCAAAUCUUGUACCAGAUGAGCCCUAUAGAGGACGCAACUUUAGCUUCAAUGCUGCUGAGGCCAGGACCUGUUAUGGCGUUGAAAGGCGCUCGCUUUCAAGGAAACAAGGAAGCUGCUGAUCGUGUGCCAAGAGUGUACAUCAAGACCAUGCAUGACCAUGUUCUAAAGCUUGAGCAGCAAGAUGCCAUGAUCAAGAGAUGGCCACCAUCCCAGGUCUUUGUUCUCCAAAGCGAUCAUAGCCCGUUUUUCUCCACCCCCAUUUUGCUCUUUGGUUUGUUGGUUAAAGCAUUGGCUUCCAUCAAAUGUGCUUAAAAUUUUGGAAUUGCAAACUCUAUCUUAAUUUUUGUCACAUUGGUAGAACCAUUGAACUCAAUAAAAUGUGCUUCCUUUUUCUCCUA